CUGUUAACGUAACGUUAUUUUUAGAAUGUAAAAAGACAAAAUUGCCUCUCCUCUUUCUUCGUCGUUUUUCUUCAUUUCUUCUUUCUUCUUUCUGCUUCUCUAGCGAGAACAAUGGCUGGCAAGGGUGAUGGUCCGGCUCUCAGAAUCGAUUUCGGGAUAACAUACUCUUGUGUCGGCGUAUGGCAACACGAUCGUGUUGAGAUUAUAACCAAUGAUCAGGGAAAUUGUACUGCCUUCACUGACACCGAACUUUUGAUCGGAGAUGCAGUGAAGAACCAGGUCGCAAUGAACCUGAUCAAUACUGUUUUCGAUAUAGAUAUGUUACCAACGAUUCUGAUGAUAAAGUCGUAAGUCCUGAAUCGCUUGCUUUGAAGAUUAUCAAAGUGUGUAAAGCCCAGAGCACCUGGAGACAGAUGGAAGUGCCGAGACCCACAUCGGCGAUGAACAAUCUGGGCUGACAAGCGAGGAGGCAUAAAAGGGCGGAAGCAGUAGAAAUCCGAGUAGAGACGGAGUCGCAUUUGCCUGGAGAUCGGAGAUCUAAACGGAGGCGGCAAAGGAGGAGACAAAGUAGUGAAGGAAGAAGACAACAGAGAAUAAGGCCAAGAAUAGUUCUGAAGGAAUGGGGAGGAAAGAGGUGGUGGAAGAGAGGAGGGGGAUAGGAUGAGGAAUAGGAAGAGAAUGACGGCGGACUGCAGGGGGUAGAAGCGCCUGAUGAGUGGGUCAGAGUCGGAGGAAGUGAGGAGUUGGUGGCCGAAAGCCAGCACAAGGUAGAAGAUCAACAGGUAGAGCUGGAUAUGCUUAAGGCAUGUGGAGGAAGACAAAGGGAAGGGGUGAUAGGGCUUUGAGAUGUAGUCUUUAGGAGACUUAAGGUGGUUUCUGGUGGUGCAGAUGAUGUGGUAGAGACCCAUCAACAGAAGCAUCAAGGAAGAGAAGAUGCAAGAGACCAGGGCUGCCAUUGAAAACAAAAUUUCAGAAAUUUCACAGAGAGAGAGAGAGAGAGAGAGAGAGAGAGAGAGAGAUGGGCAAUCGCAAGAGUGAAAGAGAAAGAGGAUUGAAAGGAGGAGAUAGGGUGAGUUCAGGGCAAAUAGAGGAGAGGAAGGGGAAGAGUAAAAUCGUCAUUUCAUUUAAAAAAUUAAUACAUCUUUUACACUGUUAGUGUGAAUGAGUUUAAAUGUAAUUUUUUGAUUUUUGGAGAUGAUUAUGUAAUUUGAGUAAACAACAGGGAAAAAUUUAUAUACCACCCUUUUUAUUUUUUCGUUU